AUGUCUGCGUCCCGGACCCUGACCGGGAGCUUCUUCAGCCAGGUCCAGAAGAACUGGUGUCCUUCCCGCAGCAUAUACUUCCAAACCAUCCUCCGUCCCCCGCCUCUAUCAUCGUUCAUGGAGCUCCUGAUCGACCGCGGCGCGGACCCGGACGCACCAGACGCGGACGGGCGGACGCCGCUGAUGCUUCUGUGCGGCCAGCCGCCGAACAUACCCACGGCGCUGCUCAUCAACGCUCUCCUCCUCCUCCGCCGCCGGGCCGUGGACGUCAGAGUCAUUGACAAACAGAAGCGCACCGCGCUCCACCACAUCGUCGGCGGCAGCCCCGGCGCCGUGUUCCAUUCCGAGCCCUGCUCCCGGCUGCAGGUGCUGCUGAACUACAGCGGCGGCGCGCUCGGCGUGGAUGCGCGGGACUGCUCGGACCGCACACCGCUGCACCUUGUGCUCGAAGCCCGGGAUCCCGGCGACGCGUCUCGAAUGGCCCCUUAG